ACUUGGACAAGAUGUCGAAAAUAAAUCGUGAACUCGGUAGUUUACCAUUGGGAUUCGUUUUCAUUGCAUUGUCAGUUUUAGUUUUAUACCCGGACAGUGCCAAUGGACAAAGUAGUGCAAAUUGUGUUGGAAAACCUGAUAAAUACAAAUAUCAAGAUCCUCUAGAUUGCCAUGGAUAUUUUAUUUGUCUCCAAGGUGUUAGCUAUCAGACUUAUUGUGAUCAUUUCGAAAAAUUCGAUGAAACUAGCGGAAAGUGUGUGACUGGAAAGUGUCCGCCGUGCAAGGACUGUGGAAAUUGCCCAUCAACAAAUCCCUGCACCGGAAAGCCAGAUGGGCUUUCAUGGGUUGACCUCACUAACUGUGCACAAUUCUACACUUGUGUUGGGGGCCAAGUUAGCUUGGGAAAAUGUGGUGAAGGGUUACUUUUUAAUCCGGUAACUUUAAAGUGUGAGUGCAGCCAAAAUGUGAUUUGUUCCACACCAACAGUACCAGAUAAACCAACAAUACCAGAUAAACCAUCACCAACAAUACCAGACACACCAAGUGGCGGUGGUUCCUGUGGAAGCCGGAAUCAUGGAGAUAUGUGGAGAGACCCUGCUGAUUGCUCCAAGUUUUUCGUCUGUUCAUGGGGAAACAUUUUAUCACAAAACUGCCCCGCAGGGUUACAAUUCAACGAACAGCUUAAUGUGUGUGACUGGUCUCAGAAUGUGGGUUGCUCAAAGGAUCAACCAACACUAGGUUCUUGCCAAGGCCGGCUGAACGGGGAAUUGUGGAGGGAUUCUUCAGAUUGUUCGAGGUAUUUUGUUUGCAACUGGGGAGUAGUCACAUUGAAGACAUGUAGCACAGGCUUCCAAUUCAAUCCAAGUACAAGCACUUGUGUCAAUAGCCAAGUUCAGGGCUGUCCUUCAAUUAACCCCCCUUCACCAACACCAACACCAACUGGAUCCUGUCAAGGACGAGUGAACGGAGAAAUGUGGAGGGAUUCAACAGAUUGUUCGAGGUAUUACCUUUGCACAUGGGGUAUUGUCACACUGAAAACGUGUAGCGCAGGCUUCCAAUUCAACCCAAGUACAAGCACAUGUAUCAAUAGCCAAGUUCAGGGAUGUCCUUCAAUUAAUAAUCCUUCGCCAACACCAACACCAACCGGAUCCUGCCAAGGUCGGGUGAACGGGGAAGUAUGGAGGGAUACUACGGAUUGUUCGAGAUAUUAUGUUUGCACAUGGGGUGUUGUCACACUGAAAACGUGUAGCGCAGGCUUCCAAUUCAACCCAAGUACAAGCACAUGUAUCAAUAGCCAGGUUCAGGGCUGUCCUUCGAUUAAUCCGCCUACGCCAACACCAAGCGGAUCCUGCCAAGGUCGAGUGAACGGGGAAAUUUGGAGGGAUACUACGGAUUGUUCGAGGUAUUAUGUUUGCACAUGGGGAGUUGUCUUACUAAAAACAUGUAGCGCAGGCUUCCAAUUCAACCCGAGCACAAACACAUGUAUCAAUAGCCAAGUUCAAGGUUGUCCUUCAAUAAAUCCUCCUGCGCCGACACCAACACCAACUGGAUCCUGUCAAGGCCGGGUGAACGGAGAAAUGUGGAGAGAUGUUACGGAUUGUUCGAGGUAUUACGUUUGCUCAUGGGGAGUUGUAACACUGAGAACAUGUAGCACAGGCUUCCAAUUCAACCCAAGUACGAACACAUGUGUAAAUAGCCAAGUUCAAGGCUGUCCUUCAAUAAAUCCCCCAUCACCAACACCAACACCAACUGGAUCCUGCCAAGGACGAGUGAACGGAGAAAUGUGGAGGGAUGUUACCGAUUGUUCGAGGUAUUAUGUUUGCUCAUGGGGAAUUGUCACAUUGAAGACAUGUAACACAGGCUUACAGUUCGAUCCAAACACAAACAUUUGUGUCAAUAGCCAAGUUCAGGGAUGUCCUUCAACUCCUGCUUCAUGUUCAGGGCGACCUAAUGGAGAUAUGUGGGGAGAUGCGACCGAUUGUCAAUCGUAUUACGUUUGUUUGUCCGGCACUGUCAUGACAUACAAGUGCAACAACGGCUUCCUUUUCAACAAACAAAAAAGUAUUUGUGAUUUAAGCUCAAACGUGAACUGUGGGUCAAAUAAUCCAUCCAUACCCCCAUCGCCAUCAACAAACACUUGUGAAGGUAAGACAAAUAGGGAAUUAUUCAGUGAUCCUUCGGAUUGCUCACAAUACUUUGUUUGCGCCGGAGGAUUAAAAUUGCCUGGAAAAUGUCAAAGCGGAUACUAUUUUGACCCGAGAAAACUACUUUGCAUGCCUCAGGCUCUAGUACAAUGCAAUAAUCCCACAACACCAACCACACCCACCAUACCGACGCCAACACCACCAUGUAGUUCCUGUGCGAACCAAUGCCAGGGUGAAACGAACUACGUGUUGUACAGAGACCCCUUUAACUGUGCUAAAGUUAAUCUCUGCAUCGCAGGAAAACAAGUAACUUACUACUGUCCUGCCGGUAAGGCUUUCGACAAUACAGUGGGUGCUUGCGUGGCAGAAAGCUCAGUGAGUUGCAAAUCGAUACCCGUUCCAGGUCCAUCAACUCCAUCAACUAACCUCUGCGUUGGCCAGAGAGAAAACACAUUGCUCCCGGAUCCAACUAACUGUGCCAAGUAUAUUGUUUGCCUCCAAGGAACAUAUCGAUCAGAAAAUUGCCCCAAUGGUAAAUAUUUCGAUGUGAAUCUUGGAGCCUGUAAUGUUGCUAGUUUGGUAAAUUGUAAAACUACUACAAUUCCUACAACUCCAACAACUCCAACUACACCAUUCAAUCCAUGCGAUGCUUACACAGGCUACGCAAUUUUCAGAGACCCAACAAACUGUGCCAGGGUUUUCAUUUUCGUUAAGGGAGUCUUAUCGUCCUAUGAGUGCCCAGCUGGAAAAUCCUUCGAUUUGACCACCAGUCAAUGUACCACUGAUGCCAAUUGCCAAUCAACGGCUGUAAUACCGUCACCGUCACCAGCACCAGCACCGUUGCCGUCACCGUCACCGCAACCAUCACCACAACCAUCACCGCAACCAUCUCCACAACCAUCGCCGCAACCUUCUCCGUCACCUUCUCCCUCAACGGUGAAAGACGGACAAGUUGAUUUAAGCAUUAAGGAUUGCUUAACCAAACCCCAUGGAGCACGUUUCAGAAGUCGUACCAACUGCAGAGUCUACUACCAAUGCCGCAACAGCGAAGCCGUUAAAUCAAGCUGUCCCGAAGGCCUUUGGUAUAACGAGGAGAGAAAUGUUUGCCAUUUCUCUGAUUUAGUUCCAUGUCCCGCCGGAGUGGAUUAAUACAAUAAUUUAUUCUAAUUAAUAAAUAUCUUAAAAAUGUCUACCACAAAGUAUCUUUAGACAAUCUUUAAAUAAUUGAGAAGUAAGCUUUUGUCAAGCAAUGUAAUUUUUUAAAAAUAUUAUCUUAUGGUAGAAUAAAAAACAUAUUCACGAGCAUUUUA